CAAAAACAAACCAGGCGUUACUAGAGAAGUAAAAUGGCGGACACGCCUCCGCCUUUGCGCUACGUCACUUCCGGAUGCGGCAAGCCUCCGAGUAGUAGUGGGAUUGGAAGCAGCUGAGUUUAGCUCUGAUCCUUUAGCUCCGUUAGCAUCGAGGCUAAUGAAUGACAGCUCGCUGUCGCUUUCGCUCAUCACCCGCCAUCAUACACACACUCUCCCCUGCUGCUCGACCAUCACAGCUGAUUUCACCUGCGGAGGAGAAAGACGAGGAAAUGUCCACCAUUUUAUUCAUUACCAUCUGAGGAGUCGGCGGUGUUUCCAGGUUAGCUUUAGCAUUAGCUCGGAUAGCUUUUCUGGGAGCUAGCAUAGCUGAUUAGCACUGAGUUGACGAUGAAUGGCCUGUCUGUCAGUGAGCUGUGUUGCCUGUUCUGCUGUCCUCCAUGCCCGAGCCGUAUCGCCGCUAAGUUGGCCUUCCUGCCUCCCGAGCCCACCUACACCCUCCUGCCCGAUCUGGAAGCAGGCCCGGUGUCCACCAGCUCCACCACGGCGCCUGGUCUGCGCUCUCGAGGAGGCUCUGCAGGAGGAGGAGGAGGAGGAGGUGCCGGCGGUGGCGCUGUCGUAGGUGUAGGCGGGGGUGUUGGAGGAGGUGUAGGAGGAGGAGAGGGGCGCUGGAAGCUCCAUCUCACAGAACGGGCCGAGUUUCAGUAUUCCCAGCGGGAGCUGGACGUCACCGAAGUGUUCCUGACGCGCUCGAGUCGAGGGAACCGAGUGGGCUGCAUGUACAUCCGCUGCGCUCCCACAGCACGGUUCACCGUGCUCUUUUCCCACGGUAACGCUGUAGAUCUGGGGCAGAUGAGCAGUUUUUACAUCGGCCUGGGGACGCGCAUCAACUGCAACAUCUUCUCCUACGACUACUCGGGCUACGGCGUGAGCACGGGAAAACCGUCCGAGAAGAACCUGUACGCGGACAUCGACGCGGCGUGGCAGGCUCUACGCACGCGGUACGGCAUCAGCCCCGAGAACAUCAUCCUGUACGGGCAGAGCAUCGGCACGGUGCCCACGGUGGACCUGGCGUCGCGGUACGAGUGUGCGGCCGUCAUCCUGCACUCUCCGCUCACCUCGGGCAUGAGGGUCGCCUUCCCCGACACCAAGAAGACCUACUGCUUCGACGCGUUCCCCAACAUAGAGAAGGUGUCGAAGAUCACGUCUCCGGUGUUGAUCAUCCACGGGACGGAGGACGAGGUGAUCGAUUUCUCGCACGGCCUGGCCCUGUACGAGCGCUGCCCCAAAGCUGUGGAGCCGCUGUGGGUGGAGGGGGCGGGGCACAACGACAUCGAGCUCUACAGCCAGUACCUGGAACGUCUGCGCAGGUUCAUCGGCCAAGAACUGGCAAUUCAGCACACCUGAGCACCUCCUACACAUCUCCACUCCCCCCCUCUAUCUCCCUCUCUCCCUCUCUCUCUCUCUCCCUCUCCCCCUCUCUCUCUCUCUCUCUGACCCGUUUACACUUCCUCUUUCAUGCAUCCUCAAUAAUUAGGAUUUCAUGUUUCACGAUGAAUAAAGCGCGGGUAGAGAUGCACCCAGGACUGCUCUGAAACGGACAUAAACAGAAUAGCAAUGUAUAAUUGGUGUACUUUAUUUAUUUAAUAGCUAUUUCCACAGAGAUUAUCAACCGGAAUAAACCGCCGAGUGCUCAGAGAAACAACGCUACCUCGAGGGACGAAAUAACACUUUUUCCGUUUGCCAUAAGGGAUCUGUAAUUAUAAAUCAAUAAAAAAAAAAUGUUUUUUGAUAAAUUAUAAAGUUACGUAAGAUAAAUAUCAUAUCAAAUAUAAAAUGAAUUAAUCCUAUUUCUUUUAUAUCAUUUAUUUAACUUCCCCCCUUCUCUCUCUCUGUUAAAACUCUCUGUGAGUUGGCUUUUAUGGAGAAAAGGGGCGGGGCCGAGCGGAUUUCAACAUUUCGGGCAUUGUUUCGGUUGGAGAAAGGGACGCUUCCUUAUACGUAUGUUUUGGGGGGUAAUUAUUGUUCUAUUAUUUAGUUAUUGUUCUAUUAUUAUUAGUAAUUAUUCUAUUACUGAGAAUAGGUACUAGGAUAAUUACGUAUUCGGAUUGGUUGUUUUUAAAACUUUAAACAAGUUUCCGCCCAAUCCAGAUGUGUUAAGCGGACGUGUAAACGGAGUCUCUCUUACUUCCUUUCUUUCUGUCUGUCUCUGUCUCGGUUUUUCCUCUCUCUCUUUUUAUAUUGUCGACACGUCUCCGGUGGGAGCGAGACCGGUGUCGAUAAACCGGCGCGGACUCCUCCACGUUUAUACGGACUCCGUUGUUGUUCGGAGCGACUCGAUGCUGACGACCGACCGCGGAGGCUCUCGCUACUUUGAUGCGGUUGUUCUGACCUCCUCUCUGUGUGUGUGUGUGUGUGUGUGUGUGUGUGUGUGUGUGUGUGUGUCCUCGAUGAGCGACAGUGCUGGAAAACACCCCAGGCUCGAACGUCUUUCUCUUCCUCGAUCGGUAGAGUUUACGGGAGCCUUCCUACGUUAAUUAGCGUCGUUAUUGCUGCGAUUAAACUGCGCCCCGUUUUGUUUUUUUUUAUUAUUAUUAUUAUUAUUAUUAUUAACGCGUGCGCUCUUUUCCUUCUGAGUUUUAAAGGUUCCGUACCCCGUCGUUAAGCUCCAUUUGGUCAUUCGGCGUAGCGACGUAAUGAGCUGACUAAUAACCGCGGGAUUAGUAUACAGCUGUGGAAUGUGUGACCUCGGGCCAGCGUCUUAGAACACGAUAUCCAUGAAAGCGGGUGGUUUUUCCUUCCCCGUAUGCGGUCACACACGUCCUAUUUGUGCGUGAGACACGAAACCGAGCCCCUACCACAUCCGAGGAACAGGUGUGUGACGCUGUGAUUCUCGCUGUCUCACCCCAGGGGGUGCUGGAGUGAAAAGACACGCGAUAUUUCGCUCGAGGCGGAGAUGAACCAAAGAUGCCGAUCUCUAGCGUUUGUCUCCGACGGAUCAGAAUCUCAGACCUACCACAAUCCCUAUUCUUCAAUCAUCGACCCCGCCUCACCCCGGGGUGACUCGUGACUCAUCCGUUCACCUUUAACCCGUCUCCUUUAAUGUCCCGUUUUAGACUAUCGCGGUACGUCACGCUGACCAUGCGAUAAACCUUUACUUCUUUGCAUAUGAACGAUCAUUGUUUAGAAAUAUGUUGACGUUAGCGUUCGAGACAAAGCCUUUAUGGCGAAUCAAAAUGGCAGCUACGUUAAUAUUUUACAAAACUGGCGAGUAGGAACGUACCGGCUCCGGAGAUAUCCGUUACGGUUUUCAGAACGAAGUACCUGUAUACGUGUACCCACGAACACCGUCCUUAAUUUAACGGAUUUAGAUGUAUUUUUCAGAAUUCACCCGAAUUUUAAGUCUCUUCAAAUGCAGUACAGAGUGUAUCCAGUAGGGGGCGAUGAUGACCGAGAUCUCCGAUCUCAGCAGCUAUGUUUUUUUUUUGUUGUUGUUUAUUUGCGGAAAACUACUCUAACCGGCCGAGCGCGCGUCGUGACGACGUCACAUGGCGCGUCUUCGUGUAACUUAGAAAUUUUUCCUGGGUUUCGCGUUUAAUUUCGGCGAGAGGCGUGAGGGACCGAUCUAUCAUACGAUGCAAUUUCCUUAACCUCUGAUCGAUGAUGUGAUUCUCAGGUAGCGUUAAUUCGCGAGUGAUGACGUAGAUAAGAACUGUUUAAAAAAAAAAAAAACACACACACGAUCACGUUACGAAGUUACAGUCCGAUCCUCUCGCUGGUGGCAGUUUAUCGUUUUUUUUUUUUUUUCCUUCUUGUUUUUUUCCCAGUAAUAUAAUGACUUCUAAUGAAGAACAAUCGGUUUAUGAUCGUUGCAUGGAUGCAUUUCGAUCGGAAUCACGGAUUCGCGACACACUCGCUACACACCUGAACAGAUGAAUAGACUGAGAUUCAAACGAAUAAUAAAGAAGCGUCCAACCGUCAACAAUGGUGCUUUUAUUUAGGAACCAGGACAGAAGUGUAAAAGUGAAAAUGCCCUGCAGGCGUAGAGAGCUCGUGGUCUGUGCGGCGAUGAUGGAAAUGAAAUAAAGGGGCGCGGCAGGUGUGAACGCAGCCGUAGACAAACCGUGGCGUGUGUGGAAGACGAAAGACUGGAGCCAAGGUGCUGGACAAAGCUCAAACUGUCCGAGGAUCAGCUGUGGAGCUGCUGUUUGGUGUGUGUGUGUGGGGGUGGGGGCCACAAGUGUUUGGGGGGACAAGUGCAACACAGGGGCAGGCUUUGGGAAUGAGGAUUAAAUUGUGAGAAUACUGUGUGUGUGUGUGUGUGUGUGUGUGUGUGUGUGUGUGUGUGUGUGUGUGUGAGAGAGAGAGAGAGGUUUCAUGGAGGACCCAGACGGACUCGUUUCGAAGCUCCAGACCAACGUUUAGAUUCUGAACUGAUUUUUUUUUUUUUUUUCUCUUCCUGAUUUAAAGAAGCUUAAGUUAUACGAGACUUUUGUAAAAGCACUCGGAUGGACGUACUGUAUCAUAUUUACACACACACACACACACACACACACACACACACACAUACACACAUGUACAUGACAUUUUCUUCCUUAGGGGUAUUUUUUAUUUUUUUAAUUGAUUUAUUUUCUCCUCUUCCUCGGGGUUAAACGGGUUUUCCAGGUGGUGUGUUUAUUGUCAUGGUUGUGUCCACUUACACAUUGUUUACUGUAAUAUAUAAUAAUAAUAAUAAUAAUAAUUAUAAUAAUAAUAAUAAUUAUAAUGAUUAUAAAACUGUUGUUUUUAGUUUUUCCAGAUUAAAGAUGAUCUUAGAGAAUUAAAAAAGGAUGAAUUGA